AUGUCCACGCAACCCACCUCCCUAAAAGACCUCUCCCCCGAACUCCUCAUCCAAAUCUCCCAAAACCUCGCCUCCUUCACCUCUCUCUCCAACCUCCUCUCCGCCCUCCCCAACACCAACACCGCACACCUCCGCAAGACCGUCAUGCGCUACCAAUUCGACAUCUGCGAGGCCAUCGCCGCGACCGAACUCACGCCCUCUCUCACACCUCACUUCCACGCCCUCCUCAAAGCCCAGGGCGACAUGCAGCGCCUAAUAUCCAAAAGCCCACCCGCGAGCCUUACUCCGGCCGCCAUGCGGACCACUGGUAUCCUCUCCGGCGGCAGCAGAGUCGGCAUCGACGAGGCCAUCCAACUCGAGAGCUACCUCCACCAGCUGCGCAUCUGGAAACCCGUGUUUCUGGAAGAGACACGGCGCAUGCCGCGGGGCUGCGGGAACAUGUUCCCGGACCUGCUGGGGCGGUGGAACACACUAGUGUUUCCCGAAGACGACACCGACUCGGAGGACUCCGGGUCCGACUCUGACGGCAUAUUCGUGCUCGUGGAUCUCUCGCUGGAGUGGCAGGGGGCGCUGUCGCUGUCAGGGCUGUCGCAGAAGCGGCAUGUAAGGAUCGAAAGGGCGUGGCUGAACUACUGGACUAUGCUGUUCUCGCGGGUUGGUGAUGAGCGGGCGCACGCGGCGGCGGUGGCGGGGAGCACGGAGGGGGAGUAUGCUGUGUGGACGCGCGAGUAUGUCAAGGGUGUUGAGGAGUGUCCGGAGGGUGUGUGCUAUUUGGCGCCGAUGUGGGAGUGGCUGAGGUUUGUGCCGCGGCUGUGUGAGCCCGUGCCGGCGGCGGGGGAGGAGAUGUGGGAUGUGGUGAUGGUGGGCGGGUUUGAGUAUGUGUGUGGGGAGGAGGUGAUGGGGGAGGAGGUGGUGCCGGUGCCGGUGGUGGGCGGGGCGCAUAUGCCGCCGGGGGUGUGGGGUUCGGGAAGCGUUGGGGAGGGGAUUGUGUGCAGUUUGGGGAGGUUGAGGGGGCUGUGGGUGUUGGAUGUGCAUAGGAGCUUGUGGAGGGGGCAUUAG